AUGGGCACCUUGGCCUCUCAGGGCAUCACGCAGCCGCAUCCAGACCUGGGCUCAGCCAGUGGGAAGCACUCCCCCUGGCAGAUGGGAGCCUGGCCCGGCUUCACCUGUGAGAAAGGCCUGAAGCUGCGCAGUCCUGGGAUGGGUCCCUGGGAGGGCGCCGGUGGGCAGCCCAGCCAGCAGUGGGGGCUGCAGCCCCUUCCCCAAGAUUCUACCCCUGAAGUCCUGCUGGGGGCCCCUCGCGCCCAGACGUCUGCUGAGGGCCUUCCGAGCAGCAAGCCCAUUGUGGGCAGCGCACACUGCCCAAGUCCCCCAAGGCUGCUGGGUGACAGUGGGCACCUUUCUGGCCCCUUGGGGGCUGGCUGUGGAUGCCCUUGGCCGCCUCCUGGUGAUGGAUUAUGUGGCUGGGGUUGUACACGGCUUCACCCUGGGCCCUGCCUUGAGCCCCUGGCCCCGACGUCCGUGCUGGGUCUGGAGGGUCCCUGCUGGUUUGGCCUGGGACCUGAUAGGGGCCUUGCCGUGAGUGAGGAGUUUGGGGCUGUGCAGCUGUGUAGUGCCCACCAGUCCCUGGGCUCCCUGGGAGGCCUGACAGGGCACACCUUUGGCAGCCCCGCAGGCGUGUGCACGGACACUAAGGGCAGUGUGACGGCAGAUGAGCAGCGGCACCAGGUGACUCUGCUUCCCCACGCUGGGGUGGCUGUCUGCCUGGUGUCCGAGGGGCUGGGGAAGCCAGCUUGUGGUGGCAGAUGCAGGGGAUGGUGGCUUCAAGGAGUACCAGGAUCUCUCAGAGCUGGCCUGAGCCAGGGGGCUUGGAUAGGAGGAGCCUCCUCACUGUGA